AUGCCAGAAUCUUUAUUUCUUGAGCUACCUUCCGAGCUCAUUGUCGUUAUUCUGUCCUUCCUACCUCUGUCUGACCUGGUGGCAUGUCGGCGUACGAACAAGCUGCUGGAUAGCACCAUCGAAUCCAGUGUGGUACUACAGUAUCUGAUCGAGCUACAGGUAGCUGGAGCUGUCGACAAUCCCUCAUCAUCUUUACCUGUCUCGGAUCGGCUCCGUGUCUUGAAAGCAAGAGAAUCUGCCUGGGAACAGAUUGAAUGUACAAACGUUACUUCCAUUCGCGUAGAUUUCAACCCAUCGAGCAUAUACGAUCUCACUGGUGGCGUGUUCUUACUCGGAGAGUCCUUGUAUGAGCCAUUCGCGAGGACUUUUAGGGAGACCGACGCUUUGAGAUGGCUCCGAUUGUCACGCGCGAGUGGAGAUAAACCCACGUUAUCGCCAUGGUUCAAAAUUGACCUGGAGGCCAGCAUCCUUGAUGUGGGUUUGGCGGUUGAAGAACAUGACUUGAUAGCAGUUGUGACUCAGGCCAUUCAGUUGCAGACCCGCACCGUUGUCUUCGACGUUCACUUGCUCCAGAUUGCUACUGGUGAAUGUCACCCGCGAGCUGCACACCCUGCUAUACGUGUCUCCGAAGUACCUAUUUUUGCCGGCCAAUGCAGCGUCUCUGUCGAGAUUGUUGGCGAUAUGUUGGCAAUUUUAAUGAAUUUCCCAUACCUUCAAGGCGUACAGCCUCAACGACCUGGGGAAUUCCACAUGUUUGACUGGCUUACAGGAAGGCAAACGUUGUCUCGUUCUGGAGGGCAUGUCCAAUAUUUGGCAUUCGUCUUCCUGUCUCGAGAUGUCGUUGCAUUGACUAACUGCACGGAGAACAGUUUGGAGUUGUGCCACAUCGGGGACACGCUAUCGAACGAUAGUCCAGAUCCUCAGCGCUUAGAAACAGUCUGUCGCCUCGCGUUGCCAAGACUUGCACCUGUCGCCUUCAUCAGACAGGUUUUAUGCCGAUCUGAGCCUAAUCCCUCUGGGUGCGACUCUACGUUCGGGAACAACGACGGUAGCCCUUUCCGACCGGAUCCCAAGGAUUCGGUCGUCAUAUUCAACUUCUUCAUACGGGUUGGAGAAAUCGUUGGCCGCGUGUACACGCUCUCGUUGAUAAUGCACCGCUCCGCGCUGCUCGCAUGGUUACCUCCGCGCCCACCCAAGGUCUCGCACUCUGACGCCGUGUCAGAGGACUUGUUACCCGGAGACACAGAUGACGCUUCCAGACGAGGUCUCCACGCGGAAUUGUCCACCGUUCCUUGGGCCGUGUGGGGCCCCCCUGCUACCCGCUGGCUCAACGGCAUGAGCCCGAACAAUCGCUGGAUAACAACCACAUGUGGACAGCGUCACGUCGCGGUGGGGCAUGACAUGCCCUUCCAAAUAUCAAUCUUGAAUUUCAACCAGCUCUCGCUACGUCGCUUCAUCGCUCAGCAUCCGCACUCCGAAGCUCUUCUUUCGGUGACGAGGGAGAGAACAGAGCCAACGAACGGAGAGACGGUGCUCAUUCACGCCGUGCACGAGCCGUCGACACUAUUCUUAGAGGUGUUCGAAGAGGUGGUUGUCUCGUGCUUGCCGUAUUUGUCAACCACUACUAUUGGCGAAUACGAUUAUGCCAACGUGUUGCUUGACGAAGACAGGAUCAUCGGCAUCAAUUUGGAUGAAGACGAGAACAUUAGUGAGAUCGUCGUCCACUCCAUCAACUAUGAAUAA